AUGGAUGUUGAUGAAACAUUUAAUCCUUCUCAUCGUCAACAUACUCAUACUCCUACACCAGAUUUAUCUAAAGUAGAUUUUACUAAGAUAACUCCUGUCAUUGAUCCUUCAACUAAUGCUGCUAAUGUUGAAGUUAAAAUUGAUGAAUCAUAUGUUCAUAAUAAUUUUAAUGAUUCAUCAAUAAUUCCUAUACAAAAUUUAUUAAUCCCUGUUGAAAUUAAAUGGGUUAAUUCAACCAAAGAACCCAUUAAUAAAAUUUCAAUUAUUGGAUCAUUUUCAAAUUGGAGAGAUGUUAUAAAACUUAAUAAUUCAACAAUUCAUCCUAAUGAAUAUAUUACUACCAUUAAAUUACCUCUUGGAGUUCAUAAAUUACUUUAUAUCAUUAAUAAUGAAUAUCGAGUAAGUGAUCAAUUACCAACAGCUACUGAUCAAGAAGGGAUCUUUUUUAAUUGGUUUGAAGUUAUUGAUGAAUGUCAUUUAUUUAAUCAUUCAUUAAAUCAACCUAAUCAUAUUGGAGCAUCUUCUGAUUAUGAUGCUAAUAUAAUUAGUAGAAAUAUUCAUCAUCAACAACAACAACAACAACAACAACAACAACAACCAUUAUCUGCAUCUAUGUCAGCUGCUAGUUCUACAUCGAUAGUGGCUGGGAAAUCAGAAGUAGAGAGAAUUAAUAAGAAAUCAACGAGUUUUCUUACUAAGAUUUCUAAAGAGAUGUCUAAUUUUGAACAUGUAGAAUAUGCUGAAGAUGAAGAUAUGAAGGAAGUUAAAUUACAUGAAGAAUUACAGAAACAUUCUCAGAAUUAUCCUUAUGGACCUCCACCACAAGAACAACAACAUCAUCAUCAUCAUCUACCACCACAACCACAACCACCUCAAACAAUAUCUACAUCAUCGGUGGGUGAUUCAUCUAAAUAUUUACCUUAUGAAAGUGGAUUAUUAACUACUUCAACAUCUUCACUUCAUAUUCAACAUGUUAAACCUCCACUUGAAUAUUCUAAUGAUAUUCCUGAUAUGUUUGUUAAUUAUGAAUUCUUUAAGAAUAAAACUAAUUAUGAAUUACCUGAACCUCCUCAAUUACCUGCACAUUUAAAUAAUGUUUUAUUAAAUAAAAUUAGUAAUUCAACUAAUUCUCAAUCGAAUUCAAAUUUACCUUCAACUAUACCUUUUCAAUUACCUACAGUUGGACAAAUUAAUAAUAUUCAUCAUCAUAAACGUCCACCAUUAAGACGAGCUGAUAGUUCAUAUUAUGCAUCUAAUCGUGAAGCUUCUCAUCUUUCAAUACCAAAUCAUGUCAUAUUGAAUCAUUUAAUGACCACAUCAAUUCGUAAUGAUGUAUUAACUGUGGCAUGUAUCACUAGAUAUUCAGGAAAAUUUGUCACUCAAAUAAUGCAUUCACCUGCUGAUAAGUAG